GCCAUUCUGCAAUAUUGGGCAAUGGCCAAUGGGCACAAUUUUCUGAAAAUUGCAGAAGUGAAAGUAAUGGAUCCUCCUGCAGCUGAAAGUACCCAACCUGCACCCAUUGCUGAAGUUAACAUGAGUGAUAAUGUAGCAUGCAAGGUAGCUGAACUGAGAGCAAAUGCCUCAGGUCAAGAAGAAACAUCUUCUAUCUUUAUCAAGUCUUCUUCUCACAAUGAUCAAGAGAACCUAGACACCCAUUCAUGCAAACAAAUUUGUUUGCCUCUACCAUGCUUACCUCAUGAAAACAACAUAGUGUACUGCUUCAUUUUGAGUGUGUGGGAUAAUGUUAUUGGCCCUCAAACUGUGCAAGUGUGGACACGAGAAUCUAAGCCUCCAAGAACUUCACAAUUACAACACACCGAUAACCAAGCAACAAGACAAUCAGCUUCUAUGGAUGAGCUACCAAGCAAAAAAGAUAAUAACAUAGGAAUGAAUCGUGAUGAGUCUUGCUCUCAAAGUUCUGAACAAUCUCAAAAUCUUCCUGCUCAACAAAGAGACUUCAAUGCUUCUUGCUCUGCUCCGCAUUCAGCUGAAGUAACUACUACAAAUCAGUUUCACCUAUCUACCUCCAAGCCUCAAAAAAAAGGAAGCAGUCGCUUGCAGUCAAUUGUUCGCUAUGUAACUGAGCACACUGUGACCUUAGCUCAAGUUAACCAGCCAUCAUCAGGCAGAGAUGUCUCAUCAGAAGAACCCAGUUCAACAAUCAUGAUUAUACCUCAACAUGGGAUUAUUAUACAGGCUCUUCGGUUCUUGGUGCAGGAGGAAGCAGACGUGUUGGUGCCUCACUGUUUGUCAAUGGUGGUGUCCAUCAAGGAGGAGAAGCAGCUACUGCAAGUCUCUUCCCUCACUUGCUCUUAUCUCCUGAGGAUUCUCAGGAAAUUAAGAAUUUAUCUCUCUGGCAGCACCCUACACAAGAUAGGUGAAGCAGUGAAGCAACACUUGCAGGAGCUGUGCUGGGUGCUGGUAUCUCUGAGGCUGCACUCGCUGUCACUGUAUCCUCUGUAUCCUUCUGGCCAACCUCCUUCAGAUCAUCAGUUUGCCCUGAAACUCCUCACCUCGCAUCUAACCACUGCUGGCUACACUGUUGUUGUCGGCAAUACCUGCACUGCUGUUAACUCGGUGUUGCUGUGGUUGGGACAGUUCCUUCGCCCACAAGAACUACAUUUAUCAAGACUGUGUUGGGAUCCUUGCUAUAAUGAAGUGCAGCCUGGUCUCUUCCUCCAGGGCGUAGUGAGCAGCAGCAGCAAAGAAGGUGUCAAUGCCGAGCGCUUACUGCAAUUUGGGCGGCCAGUUACGCUGUGUGAUCUGAACAACCUCAUCGUGUCGCACACCAUCGUGCGUCGCACCUCCAGCAACAAGGAAGUGUUGAAGGAGGUCUCGGAAAUAUCAAACUUGGUGCGUCAGUUCUCCCAUGACUGUCAGCUGCUGAUGAGUCACUCGUGUGAAGUCCGUAGCGGCUUUACGCAAGCCUUCAUGCGAUCCCUGCAUUACCAGGCCUUGGCGCUCAUAACCUUCGUUAAACAUAACAAGAGUGAAAGCAGCCAGAAAUUAUUGAGCAAGUUGCGGUCAGUGCUUGACUUGGAUGAGCCCAGUCUGUCGCUUGUGCUGGCCCUUGGUGAGAAGCUGCAGCCUGGCCUCGGCAACCUCAUUGCCGGGCAAGCGUGAUAUCUUCAAGUGCGACUGCCGCCUAUCUCCAUAGUCAUAUCAUAAUUUAUUCCAAUUGGGAUAUUCACGUUACGAUCAUCGUUAAAGUGUGCAGUUAGCCAAUUUCCAUUUUUAUCAUUGUAAUUUUCCGUUUUUAUCUUAAUUCUCGGCUAUUGGCCUAUUUCUGCCUUGAAUGGCAAUUAUAUAAUCGACACGUUGCAGUGGUUACUCGAGAAUUAUAACUAUGAAAUACAUAUGCUAUAGCUUAUACGGUAUGAAUAUAUGCCCUACUCAAUUAUCAAAGAUCGUGGUAUUGCCGCGGAAAUUCUCUAAGUUGUCCGUUGCUAAGAAGAAUUAGAGUUCUUGAUUUGAGGAAUCUAGUCUCGAGGAAAUGAGGUGGUCAAAACUUGACCGUUCGAUGAACUUUGCUCGUUACAAUAAUGAACCUGUUAUUUUAUUUUCCAAGGUGAAUAGCUGAAUUGUAUUGACUGUUUAAAUUUUUAUACGCCGCUUAGGAAAUAAUCUUAAUAUAACGUGAAAGACGUCAUUCAAGUAACUACUACGUUGAAUGCAAAGAAUUAUUCUAUAAUACUUUGCUGAACUGAUAAUGAAAUCUAUGGUUUCCGAUUGCCAACUUUAUAAAUAGGUUGAACUGAAGGAAAUUCUUCUCGGAAUUUCUCAUUUGAUCAAGAUCCUACUCUGGGGAUCAAGAUCCUACUCUAUCUAUCUCAUUAAAUGAAGUUUACACUCUGCUGUCAUGUAUGAAUUGUGAAACAUCAUCAAUGUUGUUCCACAACAUUGAUGUUGUGUGCUUCAGCGAGACCAAAGUGCUCGUGCAUAUUAUUAUUAAUAUCAUUAGUGCUUCUGCGAAACCAAAAUCGUUUAAUUUUUUUCUGGUUUUUGGCUUUCUGUUUUGCGUCACUCUACAUUUUCGUUCUUGACGAAAUUUAGUGCUUCAGCGAUACCAAAGUCUUUUAAUUUUUUUCUGGUUUUUGGCUUUCUGUUUUGUGUCACUCUACAUUUUCGUUCUUGACGAAAUUCAGUGCUUCAGCGAUACCAAAGUCAUUUAAUUUUUUGCUAGUUUUUGGCUUUCGGCUUUCUGUUUUUCGUCACUUUACAUUUUCGUUCUUGACUGAAAUUUUUCGCAUUAGAACCAAAGACCCGCUGUAAAAAUGUU